ACUUGUGUUUUCAGUAUUCAUGUUCGAUUAUUAUUUUUUUUGUAAAAUAAUAUAAGAACUACUCAGUAUUCGUACAAAAUUGAAAACAUUUAAUUACUAUGGAUGACGAACCAUCCAUGGCGGCGUCGCCCAGCUGCAGUGCGCCGGAGCAGCAGGAGCGCGACAAGUCGAGUGCUGUGUGGGAAACACUGAUAACGACUCUGAUCGACAAGGUAAACAAACGUAGCUCAUAUUUGGAGAAGAUUCUGGACAUGAUCCGCCGGGAUCUAACCUACGAUAAUCCGGGAUUGUUUCCAUCUUCUCUCCUGAGUACACCCGACGAAAGGGAUCCAGUGCAGGCGUGCAAUUUUUGGUUGCUCAACCAUUUGCUCCACAUCGGUUCAAUUGAGGAGUUCUGCAACAUAAAGAAAAGUGUCAUCGAGCUUCAAAAAGCAAUUCUUUCGGCAAGCUUCGUCAAGCAGUCGUGGUUCUUGUACGAAGCAGCUAAUAAAUAUAUGGACAUACUAGAAGAACUGAACGCUUUCAAUCCAGACAAAGAGCUGAUACUCGAAAACUUCCAAAUGCCUGAGCAAAACUUUGAUAAGCUAAACUGCUCCUGCUCGUUUGCUCCAGUAGUAGUACAGAGCAAAGUAUCGAAGGCAACCCUGACGGAAAUUUGCAUUCAUGUUUUGAGCCAGGUGGUCAGUUUGGUAGACGAUUUAACUAACCGGAGUCUUCGUGAACGUGCGGCUAACACCGUCACACGAAGCCUCAUCGAUGGAUCACUGGAUGAGAAAACACUAUGUGUAAUGUUCUUCGGCCAGUUUCUGAAACUAUGCACUGUCUUCACAUCGGAUCUGGAACAUCUAGUCUGGGAAGUGCUGUCAGUAGUGGAGAUCUCUCUGGAGCGGUUCAACAGGUGGUUGAGCAGCGAAAUAACUCGAGUCAAAUCGUUGGAGCAAUUCAAGACUGCUUUAGUGGAUUUUUAUGGCAAACUGAACGCAUUGAGAUUCGAUCGUAAUCCAUCAAUUUGGAGGCAAAAAAUGUUCCAAAGUUCGAUGAGGAUACUUAAAAAUUUGAUGGGCAUAAAGAAAGAUGCUGAAGAUCUCAAGCUUAAACUAAUGGAGGAAAUAAUAAAAUUUAUGAAAUCCGUCCAAACUAACUUUGGAAGUGAUAAAGCCUACGAUAUUUACGACGAUGUGAUUGAUUUGUCCUAUCAGUAUCCGGAAAUACUGAGUGUUCUGGAAGUGCCUAUCACCAAUGAAUUAAUCGGUCUCAAAGAGUUGGGAGACAAUUUGACAUUGAAAGAGAGUCACUUUUGGAACAGAGCACUCGAUACUGUAAAUCAGGAAGAAGAACAAAUGAAAAUAUUGCAGAAGAUUUAUCUUCGCCACAAAAUUGUCCACUUGAUGACUAGUGUCAUGUACAAUUACUCAUGUUGGUUGCAGAAGGAAUGCAAUAGGACGCCGCUUCUUCUUGCGUUCGAUUCCAAGUUACAAUCCUUCCUGGAAGCGCUAUUUCAAGAUCUAGUAGACGUUAGUUUUACCACAGAUAUUGUUCUUGUUUUAUUGGAUGUAUGCUUCGACGCGUCCUUGUUGAAAGACUUCGGAACUAUGGAUCUUGAAACUCAAAAACAGUGUUGCUCCUGGUUGUUAAUCCCAUUCUCCAGAGACACCGGUUCCACUAACCGCCUAAAUAUAUCGGAAAAUUUGAAGAAAAAGUUUUUCGAUGCACUUCAGAAUAACUGUGAUGGUACCUUGAUUAAAACAAAAUCGCUCGAUCUGCUAUGCACGUUGCCUCUGACUAACAUCGACAGUUGUGUAGCAGAAGAUUUGAAAACCCACUUCUGGGACAUAAUCACAGGCAUCACGAGUUCAAACGAUGUUUCACAGAAACGUAUGCUUCUCAAUUUUUAUGUCAGUAUUCUACAUUCCUUCAAGUUUCCUCCAACAUGGCUCAUCAAUGAGAUCCUACUGCCAUCUCUUAACAUACCGGAGCUGCAGUCCAUCGCCAUUCAUAAUUUGUUUGAUCAUUUUUGCAUGAAAUCUGGCGCCUUCUCAGUGUUCGAGGUCAGACGCGAUUCAUCAGUGCGGAGGAAACUUCGCUGUUUCCGAUGUAAGCCCAGUAGCAAUGCUCUGGAUAUAACGAGCACACAAACCAGUUCAUCACAGAAGCAGGAGUUAUUCGCCCAGAGUGACGGUAUUCGACUCACCGUUAAACAUUUGGAUGAAUAUGCUGACUUUGAGAUACCAGCCAAUAUACUGGAAUCACUUUAUCAAUCCGAGGACAAUGAUACACGGUUGGAAAUGGUCAAACUAUUGCCCAUUUUGCUGAAGCACAACGCCCACUUAGCGAUCAACGAGCGGAUUGUGCGAGCUUGGAGUAAUCUAAUUACGUGUAAUUCCGGAGAAGUGUCAAUCACAUUUUGCAAAAUAUUUACUAUUUUGAUGGAUUUCGUUGCGGAGUGUCCAUUAGAACCACAGGCAAAGGAUAAAAUCAUCCAAACUGUUCUCGAUAAACUAUUGGAAGCGGUCAAACUAUGUCUGAAACAGUCCGACUACAAUUAUCAAUCGUCUGUGAUGAGCAUGGUUGUGAAAUUUGCAACCUGUGUUGGUGUUAGCGAGGAGCGAUUGAUGCAUCUGUUGCGAAUGCUGUUCUUCUUCCUGAUGCUUCCCAAAUCGGAAGUUUCUCGUGAGGCCACCCUUGCCGCCAGUGAAAUGUGUGCACAUUAUGGCUUUACACCACUGGACAUGCUCAACUGGUAUCGCCACGACAUGAUCAAGCUUAUAAUAACUAUCAGUGCCACGAACUACUGCUGCUAUGAAGUUUCUCUCCAUAAGUCCUUGUAUCAUAUUAGUCGAACAUUCCAAUUCAGCGGACCAGUGAAUUUCGUUACAAAAUAUUACAAAAUUAUUUUGGCAAUGUUACUGCCGUGGUGUGUUAAGCGUCCAAAAUGUGAGGAUUUGCUACAGGAACUGGCAAACAUAAUUCGGAGGGACACGACAUUGCUGCUUUCCAAUUCCUUUCUCACCGUCUAUCCGUACUUGUUCAUCAACGAGUCAGCUAGCAUUACCAAUCAGUGCAUUGACUACAUCAUGAAAAACACUGGCAACACUUUGGUACAUCUUUUACAUUCUGAUAUAAAAAAAACGGUUGCCGAAAUUUUAAUAUUCUAUCACAUCAACGCCGAGUGUGUGCUCCAUGCGUUCCGGAGUCUGUUGGCCAAAGAAGACAAUGCAGAGGAGAUCACCACAGCUCAAAUGGCAGAAUACAUUUUCAGUCGAUUUUUAGGUGUGCUUGCGUUCUUUGAAGCUACGCUCAUCAACCCGGAGACGGAAAAGGCUAUGAAGCGGGAGACAUUACGGAGUUUGGGUGAGAUUAUUCGUCUGCUGGGCGGUCCUCACGUAACACCGUUUCGGUUCAAAAUCAUCGCACUGCUAAAGACGGCCCUUUCAUUCGAGAAAGCAAACUUCAGGAGUGAUUGCAUUAAAGUAUGGCGAAUUUUCAUUUGUACUGUUGAUGUCCAGCAGUUGGGACCACUCCUUAGCACCAUAUUCGUUUCCUUGGUGCAGUUCAUCGAUCAAUUUCCGGAGGACAUAAACUACAUUUUCCAUUAUUUGGUUGUACAGAACAAUAGUCUCUUGAGUCAGCAUAUACCGGAUUUGUUCUUUUUGGACGAAACGGAUGUAAACGAAGAUAUAAAAAGCAUAGUGGCGAAGCACAUCAUGACGGACAAGGGUGUUGAUCGGUUCUCGGUUAAGUUCAGAGAACUGACCAAUCAAAUUAAUCACGAGAAUCUGGCUGUACGAGUGUUCGGAUUGAAAUAUCUCAAACGUCUGUUUGCCAGCAGUCGUAAUCAGGUAAAUGAUGCGAUUAUCGGCAAACUCACCUUCAAUCCGAUGGUGGAAGGUUUAUUGAACAACUUGAUAAAGAGCUGUAGCGAUAUCGACAGUAACUACCGGUUAAGGGCUGCCGAGUGCAUCGGAGAAUUGGGUGCUGUGGCUCCCAGUUACCUUCCUCCAAACUACGCCCCACAAGACAGUUUCGCUCUCAGUAUCCAUUCUGACGCAUUUGCCAGUAUGGCUCUUGCUGAACUUUGUAGAGCUUAUCAGUUUCAGAAAGAUACCAAACUUGUGGAUAGUUUUUCAUUGGCAAUUCAAGAAAUUUUGGUUGAGCGAGGCGUUUCUCCAAACACAAACAAGAAACUUGAAGUGUGGUUUGCCAUACCGGAGCGUCUCAGACCAAUUAUGGAGCCCCUGCUCACUUCCUGCUACACCGGUCUUGCUAUGAGUACUGCCAUUGAAUGUCAUCCGAUCUUUGGAAGUUCGAAAGCUCAGUCCUGUCAAGAAUGGGCCUAUCUAUGGGCUUGCCAGAUGAUCGAACAUCUUGAGAAAGACAACACGCGAAACCUGUUAAAAUCGUUCAAACCGAGCAUUCGCUGCGACAUGAGUACGAUGACACUGUUUCUGCCAUACAUCCUUCUGCACGCCAUUCAAGCUAGUCCUGAGGAAUAUCGGAAAAAGAUGGUCGAAGAACUGCAGUUUUUGUUCAAUGCAAUCAUGAACAACAAUCCCGAAAUUGACAGUCCAGAACAGCAAGAUCAUUAUCUCCGAGGGUUGCGAACACUGCAUUUUAAGGUGGACGAGCACUCGAUGCCUUCAGCGGAAUCCGAAACCAGUAACAUGUCAAACGAGUGUGCAAAGUUUGCCUUCAGUUUGUUAGAUUUUCUGGAAAAAUGGAAGCGUCAAUGGCGAAAGGUUUAUUCACUGGAUAACAGUAAGACCGAUUAUCACAACGUCGACGGAUUUCUCGAAGAAUUCAAUCACAAAAUGCUGGCUGACAUUAAUUAUAAAUGUAACGAGUUUGCACGCUCAUUGAUGUACCUCGAAGCGUACAUUGAGAAUGAUCCGUCAUUCCUUCAAGAAAACUUAUGCUUCUUAGCCAAGUUAUUUACCCACCUAAACGAUCCCGACUCGGUGGAAGGAGUCAUGUGUCUCAAAACUACCGAGCCAACCUUGGCAGAGCAAAUUCUUCUUCACAAUGCCACCGGUCGCCUCCACCAAACCGCAGCCUGUUACGAACGCAUGCUCCAGGUUGGCGACAUGAGUCCGCGAGAUAUUCACAACUUGGUGGAAUGCUAUCUCCGAUUGGAUCAACCGGAAACAGCUCUUCUGCUGUCGGAGAGCCUACUGAACAAAUACUACGAAAGUAACGUUCACACACUGCUGCAGGAAAUCAAAGCAGAACCAUUGUACCGGCUCGGUCGUUUUGAAGAGUUGGAUGAACUGCUGGAGACUCCAACUGUGCAGGGAAGUGAUAGCUGGGGAGUGGUGUGUGGCUCGCUAAUGAUCAGUUAUCGAAAGAACGAACAUGAGCAAUUCGUCCAGAAGCUGGAGCAAGCACGUUUGGCGGUGUUAAAAAUUUUGCGGAACACCGAUUUGAAAAUUAGCGCCUACGAGAAAGGAUACGAACAGGUUCUGAAACUUCACAUGAUAACCGAAUUUGAAAAAUGCGAACAAGUGCUGAACAAUGUACGUUCGAACGGAUUGACACAAUGCCUUGCCGACAUCGAAACUCUUAUAGACAACUUUGAAUCUCGCUUAGAGCUACUACAACCAGCCGCUAACACUGUAGAACCUAUUAUUAAUCUCCGUCGUAUUCUGUUGAACGAAACUAAAAUAAAGAUAAAUGAGUUGCCCACUGAUCCUCAAAACAGCAGCAAGCUGAAAGCGAUUAACGAAACAAUUGAUAGUCACAUUGGCGAAUUAUGGAUGAAAAGUACUGGGCUUGCGUCCAGAGCAAAACUAUUCGAGCAAGCGCAUCUCUACAUACUUCACGCCGAGAGUUACAAGCCCAAGGAACUGUUCAUCAAAAAAGCAAAACUGUUGUGGGAAAAACGAGAAGUGGCAAAUGUAUUCAAAGUACUUGAACGUGGUCUAGCUGAAAUCAUGCUCACAGCCAAAGUGACUGAUCCUAAGCAGUUACCGAAAGAUGACCGAAUGAUUUACGCCAAAGGGAAACUGUUGAUUGCCAUAUACAAUGCCGACUCGUCAAAUGUCUCAACAAGUGUCAAUCAAAGGUGCUUCAAAGAAGCUGUGCUAGCGAAUCCGGAAUCGGAGACAUGUAUGGUGCAUUUGGCUCAAUAUUUGGACAAAUUGUACGCCAACUUUUCAACCGAUGAUCAAGAUUCAACUAAAGGCUGGGAACUUCUGCAAGACGUUAUGACCUACUAUGGCAAAUCCAUGAUGUACGGGUCAACCUACAUUUACCAAUCGAUGCCGAAAGUACUUAGCAUUUGGCUUGAUUUCACAUCCAGGGGUGUUCAGAAUGAGUCAUACAGGAAAAUUUGCUCCAAUAUGAACAAGCUGGCACACCGAUUCAGUGAGACCCUUUCGCCAUACUUCUUCUUCACUGCAUUCUCUCAGCUGAUGAGCCGAGUGGCCCAUCCCUCUGUUGAAGUAUUUCAAGUCCUGAAGUCCAUCAUCGUCAAACUCAUUCUCACCUACCCACAACAGUCCCUUUGGAUGUUACUCAGUGUCUACAAAUCAUCCUACGCGAACCGAGUCAAACGAUGCCACGAAAUAUUCCGUGACAAAAAACUAGCGAAAACGUCCAUGCAGAAAAUGAUCACCGAUUUCAAUGCGCUGGCGGAGAAAUUCAUUGAAUUAACCAACAAGGAUCUAGGUCCAAUGAGAGAAACCAAAGGACAAGUUUCGGACGUGGUUAAAUCGCUCCCCAUACUAUUCGCCGAUGGUUGUCUGACCGACAUAAUGAUGCCCAUCCAGAAGUGUAUGCAGCUGGUGUUAGACCAAAACUCGCCCAGCUUUUCUUCGUACCCAAUGAAUUUGGUGUACAUACGAGGUAUACGAGAAGAGUUCACAAUUCUCCAAUCGUUACAAAAACCUCGAAAAAUAACACUCGUCGGAAGUGAUGGCCGCGAUUACACCAUGAUGAUGAAACCAAAGGACGAUCUGCGCAAGGACUUCCGGUUGAUGGAGUUUAACGCGGUGGUGAAGCAGUACCUCUACAAAGAUCCUGAUGCCAAACAUCGCCGCCUGAACAUUCGAACUUAUGCGGUUCUCCCUUUGAACGAAGAGUGUGGCAUCAUAGAGUGGGUGGACAACUUGAACACAUUCCGCAGCAUUUUGUGCACCUACUACAAGCAACGUGGACUUGGCAUGCCGGCUAAAGAGCUAAGAAAUUACAAUUUCAAACGUCAGGAGUCGCUACAGAAGAAACGAGAUGCAUAUCUUAAUGUGCUGGUACCUCGGCAUCCGUCUGUAUUCGGAGAAUGGUUCCGUGAUCGGUUUUCCAAUCCGCACAACUGGUUUCAAGCUCGGAGUUCUUACAUUCGAACUACGGCUGUGAUAUCGAUCGUUGGCUAUAUUCUUGGACUCGGAGAUCGUCAUGGCGAAAACAUUCUGUUUGAUGCUAAAACCGGCGAUUCAGUUCACGUAGAUUUCAACUGUCUGUUCAACAAAGGUGAAACCUUUGAAGUACCAGAAUUGGUACCUUUUCGCCUUACACAUAACAUGGUCAAAGCAAUGGGGCCACUGGGUGUUGAAGGUCUCUAUCGGAAGUGCUGCGAGAUAACCUUGAGGGUAUUGCAGAAUCAGACUCCAACGCUGAUGUCCGUACUAAAACCAUUCGUGUAUGAUCCACUGGUAUCCUGGAGCAAGAUAACCAAACACGAUGGUACAACAGAGAGAACUGAUCCUCAUGCAAUGAACAACGUCAAACACAUUGAAGAACGACUGAAAGGAUUCGUACGAAUACAUGGCAAAACAUCUCAAAUGCCACUUUCCGUCGAAGGACAGGUGAAUCAUUUGAUUAUUGAGGCUACCAAUCAAGACAAUCUCUGUCAAAUGUACAUCGGAUGGGCGGGAUACAUGUAAGGUAAGCACAUCCGAUGAUGUCAAUCUUGUUAAGUAUUCUAUAUUCAUAUAAUAAUUCUCUGUUUAUUUUUUACAAAAAAA